CAACCAUCUCCGCAGCGCUCUGAAAUCCUUGCUUUAGAUACACCUGGCAGUCCCAAGUAAUAUCGUUGUAUCUUGUUGGCUGGAAAGCUCUGUCGUAGGCACAAUGCCUGUCAACGCAUUAGUGACUGUGCGAUACGGACCAUAUGAUUCGUGUGGUAUUGUUGAUCACAGGACAUUGCGUCUCCAGGGCCUCCAAGCUACUCUACAGGACAACGGCCAUAGAUGUGUCCUUCAGAAAUCGCUGGACUGGAAUAAGGUGGAGCUUGUUGUCAAUGGAGAAUGCGUUUAUGUGUGCAACAUAAAAGACCUAGAAUUUGGUGGUGAUGGACGACUUGAUGACCUGUGUGAGGCAGCAGUAACAGCAGUCAAGAAUGCUUAUUAAACCGGUGACAGUC